GGCACCGACCGUAGCCCGGAAAGAACCUCACACCCUACGGGGCUCUCGGGACCGAGUAGACAGAACCACCGCCACGAGAGUUGGGGGAACCACGGACUGGCCCAUUGCCGCCUUGCGUCGGGGCGGACGACCCACUAUGAGAAGGGGAGAGCCUCACGGAUCCUACAAAGCAUGGACCUGCGGACGAUGACACAGUCGCUGGUGACUCUGGCAGAGGAUAACAUGGCCUUCUUCUCAAGCCAGGGCCCCGGGGAGACUGCCCGGCGGCUUUCCAACGUCUUUGCAGGUGUGCGGGAGCAGGCGCUGGGGCUGGAGCCAGCCCUGGGCAGCCUGCUCAGUGUGGCACACCUCUUUGACCUGGACCCAGAGACGCCGGCCAAUGGGUACCGCAGCCUGGUGCACACGGCCCGCUGCUGCCUAGCACACCUGCUACACAAGUCCCGCUACGUGGCUUCCAACCGCCGCAGCAUCUUCUUCCGCACCAGCCACAACCUGGCCGAACUGGAGGCCUACCUGGCUGCCCUCACCCAGCUCCGAGCUCUGGCCUACUAUGCCCAGCGUCUACUGGCUACCAACCGGCCAGGGGGACUCUUCUUUGAGGGUGAUGAGGGACUCACCGCUGACUUCUUGCGCGAGUAUGUCACACUGCAUAAAGGCUGUUUCUAUGGCCGCUGCUUGGGCUUCCAGUUCACACCUUCCAUUCGGCCAUUCCUGCAGACCAUCUCCAUUGGGCUGGUGUCCUUCGGGGAACACUACAAACGUAAUGAGAGUGGUCUCGGUGUGACAGCCAGCUCCCUUUUCACCAGUGGCCGCUUUGCCAUUGACCCAGAGCUGCGUGGGGCCGAGUUUGAGCGGAUCACACAGAACCUGGAUGUGCACUUCUGGAAAGCCUUCUGGAAUAUCACUGAGAUCGAGGUGCUGUCGUCUCUGGCCAACAUGGCAUCAGCCACCGUGAGGGUAAGCCGCCUGAUCAGCCUGCCGCCUGAGGCCUUUGAGAUGCCACUGACCUCUGACCCCAAGCUCACAGUCACCAUCUCACCUCCUUUGGCCCACACAGGCCCUGGGCCUGUCCUCAUCAGGCUCAUCUCCUAUGACCUUCGGGAAGGACAGGACAGUGAGGAGCUCAACAGCAUGAUGAAGUCUGAGGGCCCUCGGAUCCUGGAGCUUCGGCCUCGGCCCCAGCAGACAUCGCGCUCAAGGUCCUUGGUAGUGCACUUCCACGGUGGUGGCUUCGUGGCCCAGACCUCCAAAUCGCAUGAGCCCUACCUCAAGAGCUGGGCUCAGGAGCUGGGUGCUCCCAUUAUCUCCAUCGACUACUCCCUGGCCCCCGAGGCCCCCUUCCCCCGUGCGCUGGAGGAGUGCUUCUUUGCCUACUGCUGGGCUGUCAAGCACUGUGCCCUCCUCGGCUCUACAGGGGAGCGGAUAUGCCUUGCAGGAGACAGUGCAGGUGGGAAUCUCUGCUUUACUGUGGCCCUACGAGCAGCAGCCUAUGGAGUACGGGUGCCAGAUGGCAUCAUGGCAGCCUACCCAGCCACAAUGCUGCAAUCCGCUGCCUCUCCCUCCCGCCUUCUGAGCCUCAUGGACCCACUGCUGCCCCUCAGUGUGCUCUCCAAGUGUGUCAGUGCCUAUGCAGGUGCAGAGACAGAGGAACACCCCAACUCAGAUGAGAAGGCACUGGGCAUGAUGGGACUGGUGCGACGGGACACAUCCCUGCUCCUCAGAGACCUCCGCCUGGGYGCCUCCUCAUGGCUCAAUUCCUUCCUGGAGUUUAGUGGGCAAAAGUCCCAGAAGACCUCAGCGCCCACAGUAGAGGAAGAAAAUGAGGCUCCCAGAGAGUCAAUGCGACGCAGUGUGUCAGAGGCUGCCCUGGCCCAGCCUGAGGGCCCAGUGGGCACAGACUCCCUCAAGAUUCUAACACUGAAGGACUUGAACCUGAAGAGCAGCUCUGAGACAUCAGAGACCCCUGAGAUGUCGCUGUCUGUGGAGACACUGGGCCCCUCCACACCCUCUGAUGUUAACUUCUUUCUGCGGCCUGAGGAUGCCAGAGAAGAGGCAGAGGCCAAAGAAGGGCUAAGCGCCAAGGACGGUAGCUCCCGGGUGAGCAAUGCCUUCCCCGAGGGUUUCCUCCCACGGCGCACAAGCCAGGGUGCCACCCAAAUGCCCCUUUACUCAUCACCCAUUGUCAAGAACCCCUUCAUGUCGCCUCUGCUGGCACCUGACAAUAUGCUGAAGACCCUGCCACCUGUGCACAUCGUGGCGUGCGCCCUGGACCCCAUGCUGGACGACUCGGUCAUGUUCGCGAGGCGACUGCGCGCCCUGGGCCAGCCCGUGACGCUGCGUGUGGUGGAAGACCUGCCGCACGGCUUCCUGAGCCUGGCUUCGCUGUGCCGCGAGACGCGACAGGCCGCGGAGCUGUGCGUGGAGCGCAUCCGCCUCAUCCUCACUCCACCAGCCGCCGCCGCAGCCGCCGCGCCGCCGCCACUCUGAGCCCGACCAGGCCGCGCGGGGAGAUGGGGCUGCGGGACGACACUAAAGACCUUGUUCCCACCUGCACCGGCCUCCGUGGUGAAUGCGGUGAAUGCGCUCAGGGACCAGCCUAGGGGGCCCUUGCGGGGCUCCAGACUCUUCCGGCCCCAGGCCGGGUGGGCGGGGGUGGGCUGUGCCUUAAGACGGGGACCACAGGGGCGGGGCAGGAGCCGGAAGCUGAGACUCGGCCAGGGGAGGGGCGCACACACACUGGUCACUGACACAGCUGGA